GGUUUAAAAGACACAACUCCAACUGGUCUGCCCACAGAGCCAAAAUGAUUUACGCAGGACGUAAGGUGGCAAAUGUUGAUUUUCCUUUGCAAGUGCCUGGCAUUGCAGACCCAUCUUUUUAUCCCAGUGUGAACAAGUUUUGGAACCUUUGCAUCUUGUUGGCCUUUUUUUUUUUUUGGUAAGCUUCGGCUGGUACCCUGCAGAAUUCUAUACAGGUUGCACAAUGCAUAAACAGCUGAUCCCACUGCAGCGGCUCUACAAGAGGCUGCUGUACACAGAUGAUUUAGGGCACAGUUCAAGUCCCCUAGAUGAUUGGGAGGCAGAAGCUGACCAAGGGGAACAUAUCAUCCGUGUCCGUGAUGACGAGGAAGAUGAGGAUGACAACACUUUCCGGGACAGCCGCUCGGACAACUCCUCUCUGCAGGACGAGGCCAGCCGGGCGGCCCGCACGCCAUCCACCGAGGGUGGCAUUGCCCCACCCCUAGUGGGGGUGGAGUCCUGCCACGCCUUCUUCUGCUACUCCAAGGAGGAUGAGGAGUGGGUGGUUAACGUCAUGCAGAAGCUGGAGUCGCCCGCCUAUGGAUUUCACUGCUGCAACCACGCCCACGAGCUGGACCCUGGCAUCGUCCGCAUGGACCGCAUCAUCAACGCUCUCUGCACGGCCCGCAAGAUUGUGCUGGUCUUGUCCCCCGACUUCGUCCAGAGCCAGUGGUGCACCUACGAGAACUUGAAGGCACUCAGGUCUCACUUUAGGAAUGUGAACAAAGUGAUUCCUGUCCUUUUGACAGAAGUUGACCUGCCUGAUUUCCUGCAAGAUAUACCUAACGUCAAUGGCAUGUCCAAGAGUUUCUGGCAGAAAUUCAUCGCUGCCCUGCAGUUUGAUCCUUACAAAGGAACCCUCGAAACAUCAGCCCAUUACAACAUUCCUGCCCUGUAUAAUGGCGUCGAGUUGGGCCAGGUGUCCUCCAUGUCUGAAUGUUGUUGCCAAGCCAGAUUUGACACGGUCUACUGCCCAGACGAACUCGCUAGGAAGGGAGUCAUGAUUCCACAAACGGAUUACACGUCGUGCAUCAACACCAUCCUGGACAGCCCCAAGAUGCGUUGGCACACACUCUGGUACAACCGGGUCUUCAGCGUCACCCUGUGCAUCUGCCUCUCCAUCCUGAUCAUCGUGGGCCUGGUGGGGAACCUGAGUGACUUUGGUGGGGAGGGGGCAGCUCUGCCCGCCGGCUGGGCCUUCCUGAUUGGGCUGGUGCUGUCUGUAGUGGUCAGCACGCUGGUCCACAUUAUCACUCACCUGGAGACGGUCAAGCUGAACACCCACAUCGAAAACCACCUGGCGAAGGCUAACGUGAACUUAACUAGACAUAACGUCCUGGUCGGCAUGACGGACUGCUUCACCUGCUGCUGGAACAGAGCCAGGCUGCACUUCAUCUACUAUGACCUUCGGAAAUGCAGGGCCACCAUGUACGAGUUUUUGACGGAGAAGAGGAAACUACAGAGAGGAGUCAACAAGGAUGUGACCGUGAGCUUUGACCUACAAGGGGGCGGGGACAUACAUGAGGGCGGGGACAUCGACGACACCUCCCGUCUCACCAUCGACACCAGGCACCGAGUGAUGUCUCCCGAGACCCUGACGGCAGCUGCCGAACCCUCGUCCAUACAGGAGGAGGCGGAGCUGUACCUCCUACAGUGUAGUCCCGCCUACGUCCACAACAUGAUCCGAGGCCGCCUCCCGAGGGCGCUUCGAACCCUCCAUUGCGACCACGACAUGUGCCUCUGCCAGUUCACGCAACUCAAGAUUUUCAACGAGGAGGUUUGAAACGCCCACGCACAAGUUACUCUUCAGCAUUUUAGUUUCAUGUUGCAUUUCCAAUACUAUGCUUUUAUAAAGUACAUCCCCUCCCUGAACAAAUUCCAUUCUCUUACUGUAAAAAGUCCUCACCUCCCAACUUCAUUUUACAUUCAGUUAAGAUAUUUUUUGACAAAAAGUCUAAUUUCAUGUGUGAUUGGUUUUAUGCAGAAAGAGUUGGGCAGUUCUGUGUAUCCAAGUGUUGGGGAUCGAUUUCAACUCGAAAUUUGUUUUAAAGGAAAUUUAAGUAUCUUUCCAGUUUUUUCAAACAGUUAACUGUUUGCUAAGUGUAUGCCCUACACCUGUUGUACAUUCCGUAGAGUCAUUCCCCUUGUAGUUGGGGUAAAAACAGGCAUCCUGUUGCAACCAAAGACAGAAAAAAAAUUGGCAGAAAUUUCCUCAUAAGUGCUGCCAGUCUUGUUUGGUGAGGAAAGAUGUAUUUGUCUUCUGGAAUUGUGCCAUAGUUGUCGUGGAAGUGAGUGUCUUUGAGGAGGUCACUGGGGCAGCCUUUGACUCUGAGGUCGUCUGGGCUGACUGCUCGUAAAAAUAUGGAGAGAAGGGGGGAAAAAAUGGUUUUCCAUCUGCGCAGACCGUUGUGCCGUUAAUAGUUGCCAGAACUCAAACUUGAAAUUUUCUGUGGGAAAUGCAUACCCUUGUUCCAUUUUGUGCCUUGUAUUUCAUGGAAAGUUUUCAUUCAUCCAAAAUGGAGUGAGGGUUUUGAAGUUGUCUCCUGCACGACGUGGUGUUGUCAUUUGCACAUGGAUCUGGUGGUGGCCAUGCUGGCGCCACAGGCAAAUCCAAGUCACCAAUAAUGGGUGUGAAGUUCAGUGAAUAGAAUCCAAGGCUGAAUCCAUAUUUAUCCGUCGUGGGGUCUGAGCUUAAGGCACCGGUAAUGCUGGUCAUCACCGGUAAUGCUCGGGUUGGACAGAAUCAAGAGUCCCAUAAGCAUCAAUGCAACUCAAAGAACUCCUUACAAUGGUGCCUUCUCCAGUAAAAUCAACAAACCACCUCAGAUUUUCUUUUUUACCCUAACUUGAUGUAAGUUUCAUUGCUUUGUGGACAGUGAUUAUUAUUUUUGCUUCUUUUUCCCAAUUUAAUUUUGGGUGUUUUUGUGUUGAUUUAGCUUCAUUAAUUUUAGGGCGAGUUUAGCACAAAUUUCCUUAGUUUCUCUUGCAUUUGUUUUCUGAUGAGUAAGCAUUUGUGACAACCGUGGGUGUUGGGAGGGGGAGGGGGGGCAAAGGGCACUCUCCCUUCCCCGCCAGAAAAGUUCUGUCCCCUUCCUGGGGGCAUCCGCGGUAACAAAAAAUGAGAGGUACACGAUUGGUUCAUUUUUAACCAAAAAGUUCAUUUUUAGGACUACUGACUCACAAUACGGGCGAUUCACAAUAGUUCGCCAC